AGCUUACAGUACCAAAAUCCUCAUGCUGAUGACCCCAUCGUAAAAAAAAAAUAUUAAAGGCAAAUAGAGUCGACUUGACAAGAAAUUAGAGGAACAAUAUGGCUGAAGCAAAGAACUAUACGAAUGAAAUUAGGUGGAGUCUUGAGGGAAAGACAGCUCUGGUGACCGGUGGAUCUCGCGGCAUAGGGCAUGCCAUAGUGGAAGAACUAGCAAGAUUUGGAGCCAUAGUUCACACGUGUUGUCGCAAGGAAAGUGAGUUGGAGAAGUGUUUGGAAGAGUGGAAAAAGAAGGGUUUCAAAGUAACUGGUUCAGUGUGUGAUGUCUUGUACAGAGACCAAAGAGAAAAACUAGUGGAAACUGUGUCUUCUAUUUUCCAAGGAAAGCUCAACAUUCUUGUAAAGGGAAAGAAAAGCUCACCAAUCCUUGAGAGGAGAGCUUAGGUGGCGAUGUGUACAUAUGCGGCCGCUUGACCACCACAACCAAAGUGUUUCUCAGGGGAACUAGGGGUUAACCCUAUUUUUGACGCUUAGGUCGGCAGGUUGUAAUUUUUAUACUGUAACGACCAUUUUGGAUUGUAAAUAACUUGUAAACGUUUUUAUGGGCCCAUGUACAAUUUUAUGUUUUGAUUAAAAUAUAUCAAUUCCUUUUGAUUACAAUUUUUCACCUUAGCCUAUUAAUAACACCUAGAUGCACGUUUAUAACCAAAUGACUUGUUUAGCGAGUUAAAGCACUGUUUAAAGUCCACAAUAACGAUCUUGGAGUAACCAGGGCAUUACAAUAACUGAUUACCCAUUCACGUCUUCAUAUCUAUUUUUUUCGUUCCUAAUUUGGAUGUUGCCCCUAGGUUAACUGGUUACCCAUUCACAUUUUCAUAUAAUUUUUUUUCUAGAUUUAAAUAUUCCUGUCAGGGAAACUGGUUACACAUUCAUGUUUUCAAAUUUUUAUUAGUUUUCUUUCCAAAUUUGAUGUUGCUAUAAGGGUUAUAGUAAAAAGAAAAUGCUGAAAAAAUUGAUUUGAUUUUUUUUUUACAUAUAGUGAAAAAAACUAUAAAAAAAAUUACAAUAAUAAAAGAUAAUAAAUAAAAAAAUAGUUUAAUAAUUAUGUAAUGUUAAAACAUAUGUGUGAAAAAAGGAAAAAAAAUGGAAUGGGAAAAUAAUAAGUACAAAAAAUAAAUGAAAAAAAACAGAGGAAAGAAAACUAAAAAAAUAUGAAAAAAAAAACAAAACAAAUGAUGAAUGAAAAAAACAGAUGAAUUGAAUAAAAAUGAAAAGAAGAACAAAAAUAAUGGAAAAUGGAA